AAUUUUUUUGUUGUGCAAAUGUUGUAAGCGUCAAGACAUAAGGAGUGGUAGCAUAGUUGGAGAUGCUGGAAAAUAUUGAAGGGGCUCAAAUACCUGGCGAGGUGAAAGUUCAAACACACUGGACGCGCUACUCUUGUCGACAGAUUAUCUAACAUAAUGAUGUGUUUCUAAGGUACGUGAUACAAGUGUAUUAUAGAACUCUUCAGGUUAGUACACACGCGGAAUCUUAACGGAGGUGUUUUCGCUUGUGCUCACUUCGUCGUCUUCGAAUCACGGUUGUUAUUUUGUUUUGUCCGUUCCAUUUUCUGGCAUGUUCAAUUAAAAAUGAAAACCAAACUUGAAUUUUUCGCAUGUCACGUUCAAAAUAAUUGGCGGCAAGACGUACCGGUCGGGUUUAGAUUUCAAUCGUAACCGGGUUUUACUGUUUUCGAUUGGUUUUGAUCGCGCGAAAUCGAUUCACAUUCGAAAUCAAUCACUUCAGAUGGUUAGCGAGUGGUGGGCGCUGGUGUUGAUGUUGUCUGUAGCCUACGGACACGCGCCUUGUCAACAUUCAUACGGCGGGUGUAGAUCCAAUGAGCCCUUCGUGCCCGCGCCCGUCGGCCAAGUCCCCAGGUGCGUUCAGAAUUAUCAUGAUGACGUCACAUUUUGUGAAACUAUCGACAGAUAUCCAGAACGAUUGAUAACUUACCUGGUCACGAAAGCGGAUAAAAACUUUAAAACUUUUUUCAACGAAGAAAAACUUGUCGACAGACCUUACCACCAAAAUCAAAAUAUAAAUAAUAAUCAUGAAGCAUAUGGAAAUUACUACGAUUACCAAAAUGAUACUCAAAAUGAAUUUGCUGGGUACCCGGAUAGGACAUACGUUCUACCACAAAUAUCCCUCACUGAAUCUCCACCUAUAGAGAAAAAUCGACCACUUAUACCCAACACCAAUCAUGGAGGUGGUUAUAACAGAAAAAAAAGGCAAGAGGAUAUUCAAUUAUGCCAAGUUAAAAUCAAUAAUAUAUUUCCUAAAGCAGCUUUAAACACCCAAGGUGAAUGGAAAUACGUAGCUAAUAUGGUACGGACAGAAUCUGAUAUGUAUACACAAUCCAUUAGAUCCGAAAUUUGUGCUGAAGCAGAUCAGCCGUGCAACGGAAUCUGCGAAACACCGCUUGGUUUCAGCACGUCGUGUAAACAGAAAUUCGUUCAAAAACGGUUGGUAGCAUUGCAAGGGACCGGAGAUAAUUUGUACGUGGACGUUUUUUGGUUUCCACAUUGCUGCUCCUGUACCAUAGCCAGAGUAGAACUAUAGUGAUGAUAUAUAUGUAAUCCUACUAUUUUUUACGUUUUUGCAACUGGUAUUUUCCUCCUAGAAAAAAAAAUUCUGUUUAAAAA